CGCGGCGGCGGAAGGGGCGGGCGGCGGCGGCGGCAGCAGCAGCGUGGUACCGCCAUGGGCCACAAGAAGAAGAAGAAGGGCCCGGGCGGCCGUGAGGGGCGGUUGGUGCUGAAUUUCGACGAGGAGAGGCGGAGGGAGUACCUGACCGGCUUCCACAAGCGGAAGGUGGAGCGGAGGAAAGCGGCACUGGAGGAGAUCAAACGGAAGCUAAAGGAGGAGCAGAGAAAGAUGAAGGAGGAGCGGCACCAGGAGUACCUGAAGAUGCUGAGCGAGAGGGAGGAGGCGCUCGAUGAGGCUGAUGAACUGGAGCACUUGGUGACAUCUCGGACAGAGUCUGUGAACAUCGACCACCCAAACCACAUCGUAACAGUGACCACCAUCAGUGACCUCGACCUCUCAGGGGCACGCCAGCUGGGACUGACCACCCCUGUGGGAAAAAGUGAUGGAUCAGAAGAAGAGAAAGAGAAAGGGGAAGAGGUGGCGAACAAGCCUGUAAGAGCAAUGCCUAAGAAGUCCAGAAACCCCUUCCUAUCUGACAAAAUCUCUGCUCUUACUGCCACGCUGCACAUGCACAGCCGGAAAAAGACGAAAGGAAAGAGAUCCCAACGUGGGCAAGGUCCACGGAAGAAAAUCCAGAAGUCCGGCACAGGACGAACCACCAAGACUCAGCGACGGAGACUGACGGGCAAAAUGGGCCGUGACCAAGACUAACAGAGAAACUAAUGUUCAAACCACCAGCUAGGACAGUGCUCCACAUCUGGCCUGCUGCUCUUUGGGGCGCUGUUGUUGUGGGCAAGCAGCUUGUUUACUUGGUGCUCUGACCAGCAGUGAGCCCAGUUCAGCCUUUCUUUAGCCUCCGGAGCACUGGCCAGGGUGACUAGACACUCUUCCGAUUUAUUUCUGCAUUGAUCUCCAGCUAAGUGUCUGAGUGCCGCAGAGUCUCUUGAAAACUUCUGCUGAUGGUCACAUCUGCUAUUUGGUGUAACCCUUCUGUCGUUGGGCCUCCCCUUUCAGAGCUGAUAUUUGGCUUUGUCAAAGAAAAGGAUCUAGGGCAGAGUGCAACAGGCACAUCAUCACCAGGGCAAUUUGAGAGACUUGGAAGAGCUUUGCUUCCACUCCUGCAUCAGUGCUCUGGCAUUUCUGCUGUGCAGUAAAUCCUUUUUCCAUGGAGACAUGGUGUCAUCUUGUCUCAAGCGUUUCUUCACCAGUGCCGCACCAGAAUGCAGGGGUGCUUUUUGUUUUGUACCUGUGCCAGGUGAAGUUGGGUAACUUUUUGAAUAAAUCUGAAGUCGUUUUGCUAAGAAAAAAA